AUGGCGCCGACUCUUCGGCGCUCUUGUGCUGCCUGUGCCCGCGUCAAGCACAGUUGCGACCUUCGUACGCCGCGCUGCUCCCGUUGCAUCAAGCGCGGCGCCCAGUGCGACUAUGCCAACGAGCCGUGGGCGGCGCUUCCGGUAGCUCCUGUGCCCGACGACAGCGCGUCAACAGGCCCUCACGAUGGCUCUGGCGUCCUCACCAACUACACGUUCGGGUCUCUCGAUCCGUUCGAUUCAUACCCACAGACUAGGCUUCCUCGAGAGCACGUCCAGCGUCUGAUCCAUAGCUUUCUCCAUAAAAUCGCCUUUCAGUACUAUCCACUUGACUUGAACCCGGCGUCUAACCCGUUUCUCAUCUCCUGGUGGCCAUUGGCUUUGGGUGAUCCUGCGCUUUUCCACGUCUCGCUGCAAACCGCAUGCCUAGACGAGGAGCUGCGGGCCCAAAAUGGGUUCCAGGCCUCAAACCUUCUCAUGGCGGACUCUGUAUCGCUGUUACGACGGAAGGUUGGAAAUACGUCCCUGGCUGUGCAGGAUGGGACAGUGAACUCGGUCAUUACUUUAGCAGCUAUCGAGUUUGGCAAAGGCAAUAUUGGAGUUGCCGAAAUGCAUGUUGACGGAGCGACCAAACUUGUCAACAUGAGAGGCGGGAUCAAUUCGGUAAUACAGACGAGUCCGCUGACCGCAAGAAUGGUUAGCUGGGUGUCAAUGCUCAUCAUGGGCCGUCCUCAAUUCGCAACCCAGGACGAUGCUGGUAUUGGAGAUGGCAUUCCACCUAUUCCUGAAUGGCAAAUGGACUCCACCGCCAUUCAAGAUGACAUAUACGAUCUCUGCAGCGCUGGUAUCGAUCUUUUGGUUGCGAAUACAUUCAUCCGCCUUCGAAGAAUCUUCGAGAGAGCAAAACAUAUACCACUCUCUGCCACCCGACUCCAUGACCUUACCUGCUUUGUUGUACACAGACUUUUAGCCUCACCCUUGUCCACGACUAACCUUCAAUCGCCGUCGAUUUCCGAGUGCAUCCGCUAUGCAAUUAUACUCCAUAUGCUCAUCGUUCAUGGCCCAACUUAUUAUUCGCAUGCGGUCAUAAUGAAUACCAUUGUCAACCGGUUCAUGGAGCACCUCAAGCCACUUGAAUCGACACAAAAUUUGCAUGGCCCCCUCUAUAUCUGGCUGCUUGCAGCUGGAAUGGCUUCCUCAACUGGCACUGUCCACUACCCUUGGUUUUUAGACAGGGCUAGGAGUGUGGUUUCCUCUCUGCAAUUGAAAAAUUGGACUGAUAUACUCGUUCUCAUCAAGGAUAUUCUGUGGUUAGAGACACCCCAGGCGGAAUCUACCUUUCAACCGCCCUGGGACGUUGCCCUAAGUGCUUUGACGGACCAUUCAUUGAAUGUUCUUCAAAGUACAGUCUCACUUAAAAGCCCGGAACUAGUCAACAUAAUGGAAAUUGAUAGCACUUGA